AUGGGUGGCAAACAGAAAAAGAGAAUUUUGAGCAGACUUGAAGUGACACUCAUUGUGCUUGUGGUAUUUCUUGUUCUUGUUGCAUCUGGGCUCGUAGCAGUAAUAUUUGUCCUAGAAAAUAUGAACAGACACGAAGAUUCAACUACAACUAAACCUUCCUCAACAACUGCAGCUACAACUAGAUCUUCCUCAACAACACAUGCCACAUUCCAGUCACAUACGACUGUUGAUCCUUACCCAGAUGCCUAUCUUGUUGGUGUUGGCAGAGCAGACUGCACUGGGCUAUUGGCAGAUGUCCCUUUGAUGGGAUAUGCAAGCAGUGACCAGUUGGCUGGAGGAAUCCACACGCGUCAGUACAGUCGGGCAUUCAUUGUAGCAGAGCCUGAUAACUCCAAGCGAGUAGUGUUUGUCAGCGUGGACAUAGGUAUGGUGUCACAGAGACUAAGACUAGAGGUAUUGGAGAAACUGAAAACAAAGUAUAUAAACCUGUAUAGACAAGAUAAUGUCAUAUUGAGUGGUACUCACACACACUCAGGUCCUGCGGGCUAUUUUCAGUAUACCAUCUUCAUGCUAUCAAGCAAGGGAUUUAAUAGAGAAGCUACAGAUGCUAUUGUGAAUGGUAUUGUUAAGAGUAUAGACAGAGCCCAUCAGAGUAUGAAAAGAGGAAAGGUCUUUCUUAACAGAGGUAUACUUGGAAACAGUCACAUUAAUAGAAGUCCGACAUCUUACCUUCAUAAUCCGGAAUCAGAGAGGAACAGGUAUGAGUCCAACACAGACAAGGACAUUGUUGUGCUGAAGAUGGUAGACAUGAAUAAUCAAGAUUUGGGAGUUAUCAGCUGGUUUGCGGUUCAUGCGGUCAGUAUGGAUAACACCAAUCACCUUAUCAGCAGCGAUAACCUGGGAUAUGCGUCUUACCUUUUUGAACAAGAAAUGAAUAAUAACUCCCUGCCCGGAGAGGGUUCAUUUGUAGCAGCCUUUGCAUCAUCAAAUCUUGGAGAUGUAACACCAAACACUAAAGGUCCUCACUGUAUAAACACAGGAGAUUCAUGUGAAAACCCUACAAGCACAUGUCCGAUUGGAGGGAUAUCAACCUGCAUGGCUAAGGGCCCUGGAGAUAAUAUAUUUGACAGCACCAGAAUAAUAGGAGAACAAAUAUUCUCCAAGGCCAAGGAAUUAUACAACUCGGCUUCCAAGGAAAUAGAAGGAGAACUUAAUUCAGCUCACCAGUGGGUGGACAUGAGUAAUGUCACUGUGCAGAUUAAUGAAACACACACCGCAAAGACCUGUAAGCCAGCACUUGGUCAUAGUUUUGCUGCUGGUACUAUUGAUGGAGUUGGAAUUCUUAAUUUUACACAAGGAGCUGUAGAAGGGGAUCCAUUUUGGGAUGGAAUACGUGAUGCAAUUCUUGGUGUUCCCUCUAAUGAAACUAAAGAGUGCCAUAAGCCUAAACCAAUCUUGUUGAACACUGGAGAGAUGAAUGUUCCUCUACCCUGGCACCCAACAAUAAUUGAUGUUCAGAUCCUCACUAUUGGGCCCUUAGCAGUACUUGCUGUGCCUGGAGAGUUUACAACUAUGUCAGGGAGAAGACUAAGGGAAGCCGUUAAAAACGUGAGUUAUAUUGAGCUGAAUGGCACGAUAAAUACAGAUGUUGUUAUUUCUGGACUCUGCAAUGUUUAUACACAUUAUGUUACUACUUUUGAAGAAUAUCAGGCUCAAAGAUAUGAGGCGGCAUCUACAAUUUAUGGACCACACACAUUGUUUGCUUACAUCAAAUCAUUUAGUGGCCUCGCUAAUGCCAUUGCAAAGAACUAUCAAUUACCAAGUGGACCACACCCCCCAUUUUUUAAUGAAAGUCAGCUUUUCAGUUUAUUGUCACUUGUGUUGCCAGAUAAAGCUCCAGGAAAUACAACUUUUGGAGAUGUUCUUCUGGAUGUAGAUCCAAAAUACAAAGCAGGAGAAGUUGCCUCAGUAACAUUUGUAGCUGGAAACCCAAGAAAUUCAGUUACAUAUAUGGCAGAGCAAUCGUAUCUGACAGUAGACAAAUAUGAGAACGUAACUGCUAAAUGGCGCACUGUACAUAAUGAUGCCUCUUGGGAGACAAGAUACUAUUGGUAUAAAGGAACUGGAAGCCAAAGCAAUGCUACAAUUGAGUGGCACAUCCCUAAAAAUGUUGAACCAGGAACGUACAGGAUACAAUAUUUUGGACACUAUAAACAGAGCCUCAUACCUAAGGUUAUCAAACCCUAUCAGGGUAUUUCUUCUGACUUUGAAGUUUCUCUAAUCUGAGCCAUAUGCAGAUACAUUUUUUUAUAUAAAGCUGUUUCAUUUGAAUGAUCCAGGAAAGCUGAGUAGAACAAAAAUAAAGUAAAAGUACAUUUGUUUAUAUUUUCUUUGUAAUUUAUGGGUGUACAGCAAAAUAAAUACUGCACAGACAAUACAUAUUAAUUGGAGAAAUUGGAAUAUAAAAU